UCGUAUGUAUGCGAGGACUGCGUUUAGCUGAGAUGCUGACGAGAUUACCACGACCGACGGGUUGCUGAUGCUUGCGGAUGGACGGAACACACAUCUCGGGAAGGUAAAGGAGAAUCGCAGUAACCUUGGUGUGCAACGGGCGUGCUCUAGAUUCAGCAUUUUCGGUCAAAUUUUCCGCGUGCUUCCGGAAACCGGAAGUGGAAGCUUUGUGCGCAAUCGAAAAUCGGAAAAGUGAAUUUUAUGCUUACGAUUGUUGGUGUUUGAGGAGGAGUUAUGUUUUGAUUCUUCACGGAGUUACGGAUUUUAUUUUUCCUCUGCAUCAUUGUCGAACACGGGGAAGAUUAAGCACACCGAUUGGGCAUUUUUUCACGAAGGAAUACGCUGGAAGGUGAGUGACGAAGUCAAAGAAGAAAAAAGUGGUUUAGCACGGCGACGGCGGAUUUUUUGCGUUGAAUUUCGGUUCGCUCUGAAUAUUGUGACUACGUAAUGAACGAGGUUGAGGUAAAACAGGAAAAAGAUGUGGACGUGUACGAGUAUCAGCAGCAGCAACAAGGCGGAACGAUUGCAAGUGAUGAAAAUGGUGGAUCUGACCAGGAAAUCGUGGUCGGAAUUGAUGCGGACCACAUUAAUUUUCUUACAAGUAUGGCGUCCGAUGAUGAUUCACUGGAUUGUCCACCGGAAGUGGAAGGCAGUGACAGAAUGGGUUUUGCGGAUAUAUGCGAAGAGGAAGAUGAAGAUGUGAUAGCAACAGCGGAAUCAAUUCUAUCAAGAACGGCGGAACGGACAAACCAGCAAGUGUACCAUUGUGAGUAUUGUAAUAAAACCUUCACCUGGUUGAAAUCCCUCACGGUGCAUCUUCGCACUCACACCAACGUAAAGCCGUACAAAUGCGAAAUGUGCGAUAGGUCUUUCGUACGAUCCGAUUAUCUCAAAUACCACAUAAUGAAAUCCCAUGAAACAAACGAACAGGUUUUCACCUGUGUGGCAUGUUCCGGAGUAUUUGCAACAAAUCGUGGCUUACUGCGGCAUAUUCGAACUGAGCAUGGUGGAGCUGUUGGCCGCAGAGAAGCCUACUCGGAUAAUGAAUCUGUUGGUGAGAUGGAUGAAAGUGGAAAAUUUGCCUGUACUUAUUGCGACGAUUCGUUUGUUUCUCGGGAUCUGCUGAUUGCUCACAUGAAACACCAUUUAGGCGAAAAACCAUUCCGGUGCGAUCUAUGCCCAAAGUCUUUCAUUCGACAGGAUUUCCUGCAAUGUCACCGUUCCAAUCACAUAAAAACUAUGGAUUUCAAGCAGAACGGGUUUCAGUCGGAAUCAUCGAAGCGGCCGCGAAUAAGUCUUAAAAAAUUGGCAGAUCUUGUUCCGUCCAAUUCGGUUUCAAGGGCCGAGUCGAGCGAUGACGAAGAAGCGGAAGACGGAGCCGCCAGGUCUUCGGACAGUGAUCACCAGAACAAGCAAGAGGAAAGCAAAGAGCAGGGUAGUCACCUGGAGACAAUUAUGUCUCAGGUUUCCAGGGCAGAUAACGAUCAGCUGCAGUGUCCGCAGUGCGAUAAGACUUUUUCGGAACAGGCGACGCUGAUGGAGCAUUUGCGUACUCAUACUGCUUACACUCCGUUCCAAUGUCCGCUGUGUAGCUUAGCGUUUAUCCGCUCAGAAUACCUGAAGAAACACUUGAAAAAACACAUAGAGGACAACGGUGAAGAUCCUGGCGCUCCGGGAGCAAUCGAUACCUCGAUGCUAUCGUUCGGAGGAGCGUCCGCCUUCACAAGUACUUCCAACGCCCCAGGUUCGUCGCUGUCGCUGUUAAAGCCUGUAAGUGCCAGGCCGCAAUCGACUGGGAUUUCUCUGCUGAAACCACCGGAGGAAAGAAAACCACCGGAACAGCAGGAGUAUUGUAUUCGCACGGACGACGGUAAAUUUAUGUGUACCGUGUGCGAGCGCGUUUUCUCCCACCAGCAAACCGUUCGUAUUCACUUUAGAAUACACACUAACGAGAAACCUUACAAAUGCCCCCACUGCCCGGAAUCCUUCAUCCGGUCGGACUACCUUGAGAGACACAUGAAGGUGCAUUGGAAAGACGGUCCAGGAGUUAUGCCGCCAUUAACAGUGAUGGGGAAAACUACGGCGAUUGCGGUUGGUGCUUCGGACAGCAGCGACUCGACAAGUCCUCAAAAGAUGACAAUCGGUCGCGCAGGACUGCUACCAGAAAAUUAUCAUUUUGUCGAGGCUGGUGAUGGGCAGUAUGCGUGCAAGAUUUGCGACCAGGUAUUCACCCAUUGUGAUUCAUUACGAAAGCAUGCGCUUACCCACACGGAGGAAAAACCAUUUUUCUGCGAUAUCUGUGAUCGAUCGUUCAAUCGAGUUGACUAUCUAAAAGAGCAUUUUAAAUCUAAACGCCAUCGGCAAGCGCUGGCUGAAACAAAUGGCGACGUAAUCGAAGAAGACGAUGAUUCAACUACAGACACAAGCAUCGCUGGACGAAUUGCGAAGACCAAGUCUCCAAUAAGCCCUAUGACGAAUGCUCUCGCGGAACGGAUAGAGUUCCAGCGAACUGACGACGGACGAUACAAAUGUUCUGAGUGCGAUAAAACCUUCGUAACGGCGGUCACUCUUAAAAUGCAUCUUCGAUUACACACAGGAGAAAAACCCUACAAAUGCAGUAUGUGCAGCAUGGCUUUCAUCCGGUCGGACUAUCUAAAAACUCAUGAGAAGAUUCAUCGGCAGGAAGCCUUCAUGCUGGGUCAUGGACUGAUGACAACAAGGACGGGUGAAGAUGCGGAAGAUGUUGAUGGUCGGAGCUCUACUGAGGAAUCGGAUGACGAAACAAGAAUACAACCGGCUCAUUCUACUGCUGGUUAUAAUGGAACACUUCCUGGCAAGCGUGAUGCAGAACCGCAAAUCAAUAACCACCAUGUAGGCGCUAGAGCUGUGGAAAUAAUUGAAGACGUCGAUGACGAUGAAGAGGAAGAGGACGACGACGAGAGUGAAGAUGAACAGGUCAUUGAAGUGAUGGUAAAGGAGGAAGACUCCGAUGAUGACGAUGAAGACGAGGAUGAGGAAGAUGAUGAUGAUGACCAGGAUGGGGAGGAUGGUCAGAAUGAUCAAAGCGUGGAAGCAGGGGAAGAACAUGAGGAAAACGAGAACAACAAUAGCUAUGAGAAUGAGGAUAGUGCUUCACGGACAAGCGGCGCUGGUGUUGUUGGAUCAGAACCGGUUGAACACAAAUCGAAGCAUAGGUGCCACGUGUGCCGGAAGGAGUUUGCAUGGCCAAAAUCGUUGAAAAUUCAUCUUCGAACGCAUACUGGAGAGCGACCGUACGAAUGCGAGGUGUGUGGAAAAAGUUUUACCCGAUCCGAUAGCUUGAAAGCGCAUCGAAAUACCCACGGGGAAGUUAGAGUAUUGCAGUGCCAUUUAUGUGACGCGAGCUUUUUAGAUGAAGGUGGCCUGAUACGUCAUCAAAAGCUGGAACAUGGUAUAGAACCGCUGGAUGUCUAGAUAGAAACAAAUUUUGUGCACGUGGUACCUCAGUGAGUAGAGCAUUGUCCUCACUCCCUCAUGUGAUUUUAUGGCGAUGCCAGGUGUAUUCAUGUCAGUACGAUAAUACCAUUAAGUAUGCACCACAUACGGGACUUGAAACACGAUAUUUGCAAAACACCACCUGGUAGGAGUAACAUAGUUCAUUAUGAUUUUAGUCGUAAACCCCCAACAACCAUCCAUGUAAACAGAUUACAAAUUGUGCGGUCACAGAACUGCAUCUUAUAUAGUAGGUAAUGAUAUGAUGGAAACAAAUUUCCAUGUACGCGAUGGAAAUGAAUUUCCACAUAUUACAUGGUUUUACAAAUAUAUAUGGUUAUACUAGAUGAUUAAGAACGCGAAGCUCUAAGCAAACUAAUUUUAGGUUAUUGGUGUUAGCCUUUCGUUCAGUAAGUAAAUCGAGUGCUGGUUACUAAUCGAAAGGCUUAUCCUGUAACUGUUUGAAACAUGUACACAUUUUCGAUACCUGGAUAAAUGCAAGAAAUGGAAAUUUGGUUACGAAAUCUUUCGUGGGUAUGUUGAAUAAAUAUCAGCAUUUUUCUUUUUCGUUCAUAUUUUUCCAGUGUAUGAUAGAUUGUCACCAAUAAGAAAAAAAACUAAAUGCAUAGUUUUUAUAUCUAGACACGGAAGAUGUUAGAUUUUUCACAAAGUAUGUAUAUUUGUAUUAUUUAAAAAUUAAACUCCACAUUACUGAAAUAAUGAA